AUGCAUAUAUCAACCCUCCUGGCGACCAUCUUGUUCGUUACCGCCGCUGUCGCAACGCCCUACCCUUGGGCUGCACCACAAGCCAGUCUUGCUCCAACUCCAAGUGGUGUGCGAAAACACAAUCGCACGCACAGGAACAGACACAAAGAGCCAACACCUACCUUUAAGCAGGGUUGUGAAUGCGCAAUGCCGGUUGUGCCAAUGAACCUGCUCAGCGCGAAUGAGAGGUGCUUGAUGAAACAAGCUGCUGCUAUGGGUUGCUAUCUAAGCUCCAAGGGCGGAUGUCCAUCGCCGGCACCUGCUUGCGGACUCGGACCCCUACCAGGCAUACCUAUGCAAUGA